AUGAAAUUCCUAAUCUUAUUAUCAUUCUUUACAUGUGCUAGUCAAUUACCAUUGCAAAAUAUCCGUACAAUCGAAUUAUCAAUUCUUUAUAAUGCACGAUAUCAAUGUGUUGAUCCGCAGUGUUCACCAAUUACAAUUAUUUUUGUAUCAAAUUUUGAAAAAUGUCAUAUGGCUUGUUUAGAUAAUAUUAAUUGCCGAACAGCUGUUUUCAAUGAAUUAACUGACUCAUGUGAAAUAUUUACUGAUAUUAUCAGACAAUAUGGACAAAUAAUAAAUGAAGAAAAUAUUGUGACUAUAACUACAAUCGAUGAGAGAUCUUUGACAGCUGUCCUUCAAAGAAAUUGGAUAGUUAAUGGUGACGGGGAAACUGGUCUAUGUACAUCAGAUAAUGUUAUUUUAAAUCCAACUGAUUGGAACUGUAAUGGAACGGUAACUCAAGAAUAUUAUAAUAGUACAUACUCAUUUCAAUUUUUGACAGAUCCAGGACCAGCUGAUCGCGGUAAUUGCCAUUUCUAUGGUCAAGCUAGUGCCUCGACCACAAUGUGGCAAACAAGAAAUUUCACAAGCUUUUUUCAUCCUUUAAUUGAUAAUAAAACAAUUUGGUACAAUUUUUCGGCUUGGAUUGGUGGUUUGAAUAGUCAAGAUGAUACUGGUCAAGUCUCACUAACGUUUUUCGAUGGAUCUUAUCAGACGAUUGGGAACAGUAUAACCAUUGGACCAGUUUUAGCUUCAGAUCGUAAUGGUAUAACUUCGCUAAUUUUUCGACAAGCAACUGGACUUGUGCCAGUUGGUACUCGUUCUUUUCAAGUUUUUGUUGAGUUUAUUCGUGCGAUGGGCACGUCUAAUAAUGGUGUCAUUGAUAAUAUUUCUUUUAUCUUAUACCAAUGA